AUGAAAGAAAUAUUCUACACGAAGUUAGAUGCCUAUCUGAGUGCGUUAAGUGUGAAACGACGAUCAAAGUAUUUGACAACAGCUGAAACGUACGACAAAGUGUUGAAAGUGCUAACAAAUGAAAAGAAAUACGAUCCAUCAUUUAAUUUUUGGGCAAAAAGGCCGUUUACUGUUGUUACAUUUGGUGGUCAACGAACAAUUUACUGUAAAAAAGAAAAAUUACCUAUUGUCAUCUAUGAAAAUCUGUUUCAAACAAUUGAUAAAUGUCAUAAUGCUGUUGGUCAUCUAGGUAGAAAUAUUGUUGGUUUAAAAGUUUCAGAUGUUGAUCGUAAAAAUACUUCCUCCACAAUUUUGCCUUGUAAAAUAGUUGAUAAAUAUUCCAAAAAUGCAAAACUUAUGCACAUAAUUGCUACACAAAAUGGUAUUAUAAAAGAACAUUUUGACUCAACAGCAUUUUUAGAUCUUACUAAUGCGAAUUUUGCAUCAUUACGUUCUAUUAAUACCAAUGAAUUACCAUCCAUUACUUUUAUUCAAGCAAGUCAAAUUUACACAAAUUUUAAAUUAACAGAAACAUGUAAAUGCUCUAGUGGUUGCAAUACUAAUCGAUGUUGUUGCAAGAAUAAUAAUAGAAAAUGCUGUACCAAAUGCCACAUUCAUAGGAAAUCAAAAUGUAAAAAUUGUUAGGCUUUUGGUAUGUAUUUUGUUGUGUUACAAUAUCUCGAUUUUCUUGUUAUCUACUGUUUGUCUUUAUUCAGUGUUUAUUUUUUUUCUCAAACUCAUCUAUUUCAUAAACAUGCUACUACUUUUCGUAUGAUACAAAUUUAAAUAUCUACAUUUUAAAGUCAACUAGUUGACUCUGAAAUUUGA